UAGAGACGGCGCACGGGAUAGAAGGCGUGUUAACUGAGAUCGAAGUGAUUUAUUGCAAAGUAACAAUUAUUACAAUGAACAGCGAGCAAAUGCUGAUUACCAUGAAAGUCGAAGAGGAGACGAAUGGUUUUUCUGAAGGACCUGUCACGUUUAACCGCUUCUCGUCCGAUAAAAUCGCCGAGGCAUUGACGGCAGCCGUGGCGGUCAUUAUCUCCGAGUUUUCGGGCUACGUUGAUACAAAGUUCUCAGGUUUGCAACUCGAAAUAUCUCGGCAUGAAAAAGAAAUCGAAAGCCUCAGACUCCAGCUACAAGCCUCCAGUGAUGACCCGGGAGCAAUGCGAAGCUGUGCGGAGGACCCAUUGAAGGAUGGAACAGCCGCCAGGAGCGAUGUGGGGGAGAGCCGGCUUGGCGCAAAUAGCGAAGCAGAAACAGAGGAUCAGUCACUCGGGCGGAACAGACCUGCAACACCGUGUGGACCGGCGGCCGUCGGCCAAGGAUGCAGAGACGAGAGUGAGAGAGGAUUUUUCAAAGCCUCUUCCCAAUUUGCAGACGGAAUGCCUCACUGUAGCAGUAAAACUGCAGAAUCCCCUGCAGACAUUGGCUUUAUAAAGACUGAAGACCAAGUACCUGAGCAGGUUUCUUGUUGGAUUAAACAAGAAGACACCAAAGAGGAUAUACCUCCGUUUUUAGAUGAUGGCUUAGAACAAGGGUCCGUCUUGUCAAAGAACGAGAAUUUACUGACCGUUCAAGUGGGGGUCUCAGAAUUAGAAGUUUCUUCUGCUGUUAAGCAGCCCUUGGUUCCCUUGGAAUCUUUGAACGAAGAUCCUGUCAGUAUGGGGCAAAGCAGUGUGGCCUUUUCUGAGCAGACAUGUCGGCCUGGAGAUGAGAGUACCGAUAAGAAGAUACUACAAAAGAAUUAUGUGGAAUGGUUUCAGCAAGUCCAUGCUGUGAACGAGCAGCCCAUUUCGAAGAAAAGCUCAGAAUUAUCUGACGAAUCCCUCAUUGUUAAAGACCAUCGGAAAAUUCACACAGGAGUAAAAUCAUAUCCAUGUACCGAGUGUGGAAAGACUUUCAUCCUGGCUGCAAGCCUUAGAUACCACAAGCGAAUUCACACCGGAGAAAAACCACACCAGUGUCCUGAAUGCAGGAAGACUUUCAUGCGUCCUUCACACCUUUGGGAACACCGGAGGAUUCACACCCAAGAAAAACCAUACAAGUGCAAUGAAUGCAGCAAGACUUUCAUCCAAGGUAGUCACCUUAAACAACACCAGAGAAUUCAUACAGGAGAAAAACCAUACGAGUGCACGGAAUGCAAAAAGAUUUUCACCCAGGCCGCAAGCCUUAAAAAGCAUCUGAAGACUCAACACUGGCUAAAAACUACACCAGUGUAACGAAUGCGGAAAGACUUUCACCCGAAUUACACACCUCAGAUACCACCAGAGACUUCACAAAAGGGAAGAAUCGUACACAUGUCCCGACUGCAAAAUGACUUUCAAGCAUGCUGGGAAAACUUAACUCUUUUAGGGUGGAUGUCGACUUUUGUUUUCAAGAGCGCGGAUGUCAAAGUCGACAUCUGGAACAGGAAGUGAUAAAACCUGUAAAUGACAAUAAAACUCGCCAUUUAUGAUAUAGGUAGACCCUCUGUGCUUGGAGGACUGUUAGUCUCGUUGACUUGACAUAGAAUCCCUUUGUGUGCAUGAGUAGCAUAGGGUAAAUAACGUCUAGAACAGCAGACAUUGGGCGAGAGAGCAAUGAUAAUGCGCAAAGCAAAAUACUCUGUUAUUUAUUUUUUGCGUAUUGUUUCUGAAUCGGACUCUGACGUAUCAAACUCCAAUUUUGAUGCAAGUGGUCUGGAGAUCAAAAAUGAAAGUCAGGUACCUGCAUCAGCUGAUUGUGCAGUUGACACGCCUACUGCAACAUUCACCCUGGGAGGACAACACAGACUGAUCUAUUAGAGGCAAGCUGGCAACUGGACUUCAGACGAGAUGGCGUGCCAAUGGACACUACGGAUUACCAGUCACUCGACUACUUUUUAGUUUUUGCCCUUCAGCUUGUGAGUGAUGAGACAAACUGGUAUGUAAUAUAAAUUCACACACUGUAAGGGCUCAUGGAACAUAGAGAGUGACAUUGGUCAUAAAUAUGUAUUUCAUGUUGAUUUUUGUGUUAAACCAUUGCUUUUUGUGCUUUUUAGAAAAAAUAUUUAGCCUUAGGACAAAAGAAAAAAAAAUACCCCUAAAAGAGUUAAAAAUCACAUAUAGUAAUACCUUGAGAUACGAAUUUAAUUCAUUCCAUGACUGAGCUCGUAAGUCAAAAUGCCUGUAUCUCAAAUCAGUUUUCCCCAUUGAAAUUAAUUGAAAUGAGAUUAAUUCGUGCCAGCCCCCAAUUUUUUGUUACAUUUUUCUUAUGUUGAAAACAUUUAUUUAUAAUCAACAAAUAUUGUAUACAAACAAAAUAAAACCUAAUACAUAAAAGAGAAUCUAAAGAAAUAAACAGAUGUUGGCGAAGCCGAUUAGCGUAUUGUAAUGUUUUUUUCUUUCACUUCACUUUUGCUUAACUUAAUUUUCUUCACUAGUUUUUUUUCUUUUUUGCCAUGCUUUCGUCACUUUUAUUCGCAGGGCGUUUCAACAGAAACCUGUCCAAGGAGCUUUGUUUAGUCCUCCCCUUUAGAAUGUUUCUGAAAUGAGUUAGGCAAGUGUCAUUAAAUAGCGCCGCUGCACGUUCAGUUUCUUUUCAAUAAAGUCGAGCGUUAGGCAAGUGUCAUUAAAUAGCGCCGCUGUAUGAUCAGUUGUAAUUUUUUCAGGGUGUUUCUUUUCUUUAAAGUUCGAAACUUUUUCCCACAUUGCAAACACUUCCUUUAUGUCACUUUAAGAGAGAACCUCCUCCGCGAUACCGAUCUCCUGCAGAACCUCUGUAUGUUGCUGUGGCUGUAGUUCCAUCAACUCCUCUGUCACCAGUUCCUCAGAAUGUGCGGGGACAAGCUCUUUGAUGGCUCCGUAUUUCAAAUUUUGGCUCGUAACACAAGACAAAAAAUCGACCUAGUGACGGCUCGUAUCUCAAACUUGUACGUUGGGGCACUCGUAUCUCAAGGUACCACUGUAUUAGAAAAAACCUUCACAAAUACCAGAGGAAUCAAACAUUAGAGAAAAAACAAACUGUGAGUGAGUGAGUAGGGCCCUAUGGAAUCCCUUUUAUUUUUUCACAAACUCCAUUUUUAUUUUUUGUGAUUUUUGGUUUUUACCAUUUUUAUUUUUCCUUGAUUCAGAUUUCUGUUUUUUUUUUUUUACUGUAAGUAGUAACAGCUACAACAAAAGAAACAAUAAUGAAAUGGCACUUUACUUUCCUUUUAAUGAAACAGCACACUAGCACAACUGAACAUUAUUUUGCAUAUCCAUUUAUCACAGAGGAGCGCAGAUCCUCCAUGACGCUGCAUGCUGAGAUUGUAGUAGAACAGAGAGUGCCCUCCAGAAUUGUCAGAGCUGUUAAUAGUUUGAUGCAUCCUUCUGAGAUGAAGUUAACUUCACUUUUAGGGUCUAGCACAGUGUUUCCCAACCUCGGUCCUGUAGCCCUCCUGUGUCUGCAGGUUUUUGUUCCAACCAGCUUCUGCUUUUAAUUGGACUCCUGGGCUAAUUAAGUGAU